UGUGUACCUUUCUGAUUGGACAGCUUACCGGAAACACCUCAGCACACCGUAGGAUGGUUCAUAUCGCGGAUGAACCAUGAACCCAGAAUGUGUUGAAGCGUGAUAGUUUCCUUCGUGAGGUUCUUGUGUGGAGGGUGGGAAUGGACCAUAAGCAGGUGCUGUCUCUCCUCCUCUUAGCGGCGGUGUGGCUGCCCCCCUGCGGCGGGACCCCGGAGCGGGACGGAGGGGGCUGGGCAUCGGGGUCAGAGGUCGGGCUGCAGGAGGAGGGGCCGUGCUCCAUCGACGUGCUCGACGCCGCGUCCCUGACGCACCGGCAGUUCAUCGAGAGUUACGCCUACACACGGCCGGUCAUCCUCACCGGGAUCACGGACAACACGAAGUUCAGGUUAUUGUGUUCCAAGACCAAUCUCCUGGGGUCGUUUGGAGAUCGGAGCAUAAGGCUGAGUACGGCCAACACUCACUCUUACAAGAAAGUGGACGUGCCGUUCCGGGAGUACGUUGACGUCCUGCUGAAGCCUCAGUCCGCCGACGCCCUGGGCAGCGACACUCUGUAUUUCUUCGGAGACAACAACUUCACGGAGUGGAGUCCCCUGUUUGACCAGUACCAGCCCCCCCCCUACGGGCUCCCCGGGACCACGGCCGCCUACAGCUUCGGGGUCGCAGGACCUGGUUCCGGCGUUCCAUUUCACUGGCACGGGCCUGGCUUCUCAGAGGUCCUCUACGGGAGAAAGCGCUGGUUCCUGUACCCCCCGGACCAGGAGCCCCACUUCCACCCCAACCGGACCACCCUCUCCUGGCUGCAGGAGACCUACCCCGUCCUGCCCCCGGAGGAGGCGCCCCUGGAGUGCACCAUCCGCCCCGGAGAGGUUCUGUUCUUCCCCGACCGCUGGUGGCACGCCACCCUCAACCUGGACACCAGUGUCUUCAUGUCCACGUUCCUGGGGUGACUCCCAGCGCUGCAGAACCAGUGUGAACCCGCUGCUCAGGAGAACAAGACGUCUUCCCACGAGUUGUUUUCUGGGACCAACCAAAGACAAGACACUGACUGGAACCUUAAAGACAUUCCACCAGAGCAGAACCGUCCCGUCUGUGGUUCUGCUGCUGUUCUGGACCAAUAAAGACAAACCUCUUGUGACCAAAUGAUCUAAUGAACCAACUGUUCCAUGCUCCUGAACUGUGAGGAGACUCAGUGAGUGCAGCUGGGUUCAUCUCCCAGGAGGCACUGACUCAUACUGGUGAUUCAGGGUUCAUGGUUCUAGCAGAAGUACGGCUGAUUGUAAUGUGUUGUAAUGUGAUGAUACACGGGUACUAUGUCUGUGAAGGGUUCAAAUCAAUUAAAUCCAUCCUUCCACAUUUGGCUUUCCUGCUCACUGGGAAGGAAGAAAUCCCAGAACUAAGACUGAACCCCAGGAUGACUUAACCCAAGCAUGACCUAACCCAAACAAACAUGACUUAACCCCAACAUGACCUAACCCUAACAAUAAUUCAUAAAAACACCACUGAUACAUUAAGUCUCGGGCAUUGUGUAAAUAUUUAUUUCAAAUUACAAAAGUAGUUUUCUCUCGUUGUGUUGAAUGUGACAUGAAAUCGGAAGCCAUAUAAUAUCUCAGACAAAACUGUCAUCUGUAAUGUAUAUAAAGAGUACAUGUUCACCCUCAUCACCACCACUAUGACUGCAUCCUGAAGGCACCAGUGGUCUGCAUCACGUCCUGUAGCGGUCUCUCUGCGGUCACCUGGGG